UCUACUCGCUUCAAUAUGUUCAAAUUCGUUGCUAUCGUUGCUCUUUUGAUUGCCUCCGCCAGUGCUGGUCUUAUUGAGACCCACCAUGUGGUGCAUGAGCCUGUGCUGGCCAAGGUAGGCACUGUGGUGCACAGCGCUCCCUCUGCUGUCUCCCACCAGAGCAUCACCCAAGUCCACAGCAAGCCUGUCGUUCACCAAGUCGUCGCUCCAGUCCUGAAGACCACAUACCAUUCUGCACCUGCUGUUGUCCACCACGCUCCAGUUGUUCACCACGCUCCUCUUGUCCACACUGUCCAUGCUGCUCCAGUGGUGCCAGUGGUGCACUCCGCUCCUUUGAUCAAGUCUGUCGUGCACACAGCUCCUUUGGCCUACACUCUGCAUCAUUAGAAAGAUUUUGAACUUUGCCAUUCACUUGUGAUAAAAAAUUUAUGAUAUUUGUUGAAAUAAACUUUUUCGUUUCAUUAUAAA